AUGACUUCCAUAGGUGCAGACAAUUCUUCGUAUUCCACAAGGUUGAUUGUUUACUUUCCAGAAGAUGAAGAGGAGUCCAAGUUUUUAUUAAGUUAUCAUGUACUUACUAUCUGCUACUGGGUCAUCUACACGGGUCUGUGCCAGACGAUUAGUAUCUUUGGUGUCCUCACUAACAUCAUCAAUAUCAUCUGUUUCGUGAAACAAGGCUUCAAGGAGUCUGUUAAUGUUAGCCUGUUGGGUAUGUCCUUACUGACAUUCAGGUU